GUGAAAUUUGUUGAAAGGCUCUAAGGUUUGGCCCCCAAUUUGUUUGGGGUUUGUUAUGAUGUCUGUCUUAUCAAAUUUGUGAUAGACCAACACCUGUUGGAUGGUUUAAUUUAUGUCAUGUGAAAGUAAGUCACACCCAGUCACACCCAGCAGUUAAAUGAAUACAGGCUACAAAACCAGGAUGACAAAACCAGGAAACUACUUCAGCUGCUCAUUUCAUUUUUUUCAAGCUUGUGUGUCUACCUGCCUGUUAGUACACUACUGAAAAAUGGCAGAAGGGAAUAUUUCUCAAGACAAGUUCAGUUGUUCAGUGUGUCUUCAUCUACUGAAGGAUCCAGUGACUAUUCCCUGUGGACACAGUUACUGUAUGAGCUGUAUUACAAACUGCUGGAAUCAGGAGGAUCAGAAGAGAAUCUACAGCUGUCCUCAAUGCAGACAAACCUUCACAUCAAGACCUGCUUUAAACAAAAAUGUGAUGAUCACUGAAAUGGUGGAAGAACUGAAGAAGACGAGACUUCAAAAUGCUGAUCAAUGUUACGCUGGACCUGAAGAUGUGAAGUGUGACGUCUGUACUGAGAGAAAAUACAAAGCUGUCAAGUCCUGUCUGGAGUGUCUGAACUCUUACUGUCAAAAUCACCUUCAACAACAUGUAAGUCUUUUCAAAGACAGACAACAUCAUUUGAUGGAUCCCACUACAAAACUCAAUGAGAUGAUCUGCUCAAAACAUGAGAAGCACCUGGAAAUCUACUGUCGCACUGACCAGGAGUGUAUUUGUUAUCUGUGUUUGAUGGAUGAACAUAAAAAUCAUGACACUGUAACAGCUGAAGAUGAAAGAACUGAGAAACAGAGGGUUUUGGGAGAGACACAGAGAAACUUGAAACAGAGAAUCCAGGAGAGAGAGAAGAAGCUUCAGGAGCUCAGAGAGACUUUGAACUCUUACAAGACAGAAGUGGAGGACAGUGAGAGAAUCUUUACUGAACUGAUCCGCUCCAUUGAGAGAAGACACUCUGAGGUGACACAACUGAUCAGAGAUCAGGAAAAGACUGCAGUGAGUCGAGCUGAAGGAGUCUUGAAGCGUCUGGAGCAGGAGAUUGAAGAUCUGAGGAGGAGAGACACUGAACUGGAGCAGCUUUUACACACGGACAAUCACAUUCAUUUCCUGAAGAGUUUUCAGUGUCUUUCUGCACCUCCUGAAUCUACAGUUUCACACAUUACUGUCAGUUCUCUCGUCUCUUUUGAUGAUGUGAGAAAAUCUGUCUCUCGGCUGAAAGAAGAACUGGAGGAUUUCUGUAUAGAGGAGAUUGAAAAUAUAUCUGAUCAAGUUUCAUACAUCACAACUGUUUCUGAUGAGUUGAAGACCAGAGAGGAGUUCUUACAAUAUUUCAGGCAGUUCACACUGGAUUUAAACACAGUGAAUAAAGACAUCCGUCUGUCUGAUGGAAACACAACAGCCACUAACACCAAUGCAGUCCAGCAGUAUCCUGAUCAUCCAGACAGAUUUGAUGAUUAUCUUCAGGUGUUGUGUAGAGAGAGUGUGUUUGGACGCUGUUACUGGGAGGUUAAGUGGAGUGGUGAUGUGUAUAUAUCAGUGUCAUAUAAGAGCAUCAGCAGGAAGGGACAGAAUAGUGAGUGUGUGUUUGGAUGCAAUGAUCAGUCCUGGAGUUUGCGCUGCUCUGACUCCACAUGCUCAUUCUGGCACAAUAACAAACACACCGAUCUCCCUGUAGUGUCCAGCUCCUGUAGAAUAGGAGUGUUUGUGGAUCACAGAGCAGGAAUUUUGUCUUUCUACAGCGUCUCUGACACAAUGACCCUCAUCCACAGAGUCAAAACCACAUUCACUCAUCCUCUCUAUCCUGGGUUUUAUGUUAGUAAAGGAUCCAAAAAAAAAGGAUCCAUGAAAAUGUAUCAAUUCAUAAGAUAAAUCAUAGAGAAGUAUACAAGUAAAACUGUUAAAUUCUGGGUUAUAGGAGUAAAUAGAAAAGGCAUAUUAUAAUAUUGCAUGUGCAAAUGGGUAAUAUAGUUAUAGUUGUAGUUGAGUACAUAUUAGUAUUUAUAUUUAUAAUAUAAAAUAGCAUAAGAGAGAUUUAUCUUCAUUGCUAGUUUUUUCUUUUUCUUUUUCUACCGUAUACCAUAGGACACAUUUGCAUAUUAAUCUGUCAACUACCUACAUAAAGAGAUCAAGGACUUUAUAAAUAAGUAAAUUUACGUUAAUGUACUUGGGCAUGAUGUCGUAUCUCUAAAUGCUGUCACAUUUAUUGGUAUUUACCAUAAUGUUUGGAGGGCUUGUAACUUAACAUAACUAUGCUCAUAAGUUAGAAACAAAAUUUAUCAUAAAGUUAGAUGACCAGGUCCUAGAAAUUUUGGUUAUGGUUGAAGUAGAAAGAUAUUAUGAAGUUCAGUAAUUGGCCUGUGCAAUCUGUGCAUCUUGGUAAGCCUCAUCAUUGUAUAAGGAACUGUUAGUUAUGGGGUAAAAAUAAACCUUUGUUUCAGUGUGAUGUUGCACUUGCUUAAGUUGCGUGUCAAAAAUCAGCCAGACACGAAAUAAAAAGUGUAUUUUAAUUUUUUUCUAUUAAAAAAUGUUCCUCUUUAA